CAAACAACAUUCCUUUUUUGUUCUCUCCAAAUUUGCUUCUUUUUUUUCUUUUCAUCCAUGGCUUCCUCCAAAUUAGGUGAUAAUGAGCUUAAAAAUCUUGUCUCCAAAUUGCGAACUUUGCUCCCUCAACUCAACCAUAAGCCCGACAACUCCUCCGAGGCAUCGACGGGGGAGAUAUUGAAGGAGACGUGUGAUUAUAUAAAGAAAUUGCAAAAGGAAGUGGAUGACUUAAGUGAGAGGCUAUGGAAGCAGCUGGAUUCAAUGGGUGUUGACUUUGAAAUGGUUAAAGAUCUUCUAAUUUUUACUUAAUUAGUCUCAUUUGUAUGCGUUUGUAUUUUGAAACCGAUGAGUUUGGUCUCUUCAGCGUUACCAAACAACCGACAGUUGAGAGAGAAAAAGGGUUGUGGAUUCUAUAAUAUUUCUAUAUAUAUUAUAUGUAUUUUUCUAUUUUUCCAUA